AUGGAUAAAGUUUCUGCAGCCAAAGAGCACGUUGCUGCCGUCACCAGAAAUUAUAUUACUCAACCACGAUUAACUUAUAAGACUGUGUCUGGUGUCAACGGUCCCUUGGUUAUCCUGGAUCAUGUCAAAUUUCCUAAAUUCGCUGAGAUUGUCAAUCUAACCCUACCCGAUGGGACUAAAAGAAGCGGACAAGUUCUUGAAGUAAACGGUUCUAAAGCUGUCGUACAGGUAUUUGAAGGGACAUCUGGUAUCGAUGCCAAAAAGACAACUUGCGAAUUUACUGGCGACAUCUUGCGUACACCAGUAUCAGAAGAUAUGUUAGGACGUGUUUUCAACGGCUCGGGUAAGGCCAUUGACAAAGGGCCUCCAGUACUUGCUGAAGAUUUCUUAGAUAUCUCAGGCCAACCUAUUAAUCCUUGGUCGCGUAUCUACCCAGAAGAAAUGAUCCAAACGGGUAUCUCCGCUAUCGAUACCAUGAACAGUAUUGCUCGUGGACAGAAAAUUCCAAUCUUUUCAGCUGCUGGUUUACCUCAUAACGAUAUCGCUGCUCAAAUUUGUCGACAAGCCGGUUUGGUCAAAGUGAAUAAAGGAAUUCAUGAUGAUCAUAGUGAUAACUUUGCUAUUGUCUUUGCCGCUAUGGGUGUUAACAUGGAAACUGCACGUUUCUUUAAACAAGACUUCGAAGAGAACGGUUCUAUGGACAACGUUUGCUUGUUUUUAAAUUUAGCUAACGAUCCAACUAUUGAGCGUAUCGUUACUCCUCGUUUUGCUUUGACGACAGCCGAAUUUUUCGCUUACCAAUGUGAAAAACACGUUUUGGUUAUCUUGACUGAUAUGAGUUCUUAUGCCGAAGCCUUGCGUGAGGUAUCUGCCGCUCGUGAAGAAGUACCAGGUCGUCGUGGUUUCCCUGGUUAUAUGUACACCGAUUUGGCCACUAUCUAUGAACGUGCUGGCCGUGUAGAAGGUAGAAAUGGUUCAAUCACACAAAUUCCAAUCUUAACUAUGCCUAACGACGAUAUUACUCACCCUAUUCCUGAUUUAACUGGCUACAUUACGGAAGGCCAAAUUUAUGUAGAUAGACAGUUGCACAAUCGUCAGGUAUAUCCACCAAUUAAUGUAUUGCCUUCACUAUCGCGUUUAAUGAAAUCUGCUAUUGGUGAGGGUAUGACAAGGCCUGAUCACUCUGAAGUUUCUAAUCAAUUAUAUGCCAACUACGCCAUCGGCAAAGAUGUACAAGCCAUGAAAGCUGUUGUAGGAGAAGAAGCUUUAACGCCAGAAGAUUUGUUGUAUUUGGAAUUUUUGGGAAAGUUUGAAAAGAACUUUAUUUCUCAAGGUUCGUACUGUGUGUAUGAAAACAGAACCGUCUUUGAAUCACUUGAUAUUGGUUGGCAGUUAAUGCGAAUCUUCCCAAGGGAAAUGUUGAAGCGUAUAACGAAGGGUACACUCGAUGAAUACUAUUCACGAGAUUCUCGUGGUGCCCAAGCUAAAUAA